AUGCUAGGUGAUCGCCUCUUUUCACUGGUAGGCCCGGAGAGCCCUAUCCGUAUCGCGAGCGCGUGUGAGAGCAAAGUGGAGGACUUCGAUACGCUGACCAGCCUCUACAAAAAGAUCUACCACUUCCUGCUCCUCAGGUGUACCAGCCCAAGAGGGGAGGCCAAGCCGCCGAAAGACAUGGCGGUGGAGAGGGAGGUGGCAGCAGCUCUGGAGUCGGUCUUCCCCCGUGUCGGGCUCCGGUCCUUCGUGGCGCUCACGGGCGCGGAGAAGGCCGCGCAGCUGCAGGAGUUGACCGGGAUCGUGCUGGGCAUCCGCCUCUUCAACAUGCACCAGAAGAAGGGUGGGGCCGGCCUUCCUCCAGUAGAUGCCAAGCCAGAGAACGACCAGCUUUUGCAGCAGCUGACGAAGGAAUCCGAGGAGGUCUCCGAGCUGUGCCAGGACUUCGCGGAUCUCCUGGUGACCUACAGCAUGCGUAGCAAGACGGAGUCCAUCGAUGAGAAGGAGGUCCAGCGGUGGCAAUGCGACUUGCUGUACCACCGGCAGUACUUGUGCUACCUCUUGAACCUCCAGGAGGACGUGGCGCAGAGCCUCGAGAAGCUGCGCAAAGGUCAGGCGCAGCUCAAGGAGGAGUUGAUGGACUUAGAUGCCCUGGUGGGCGGCCGCGUCUCAGUGCCCAAGGAGCAGGUCUAUCCUCGCUUCGACGCGCUGGCACGGUGCUACCGCUCCGCCUGGAGAGAGGUGCAGCUCUUGGAAGCCCGGACCAAGCUCCACAGUGUCCUGAAGGAGCUGCGGCAGCGCUACUUCCCGGCCAUCACGCAGAGCGGCAAGGCCUUGCUCAGCAAGAGCGGCCGCCGGGAGGGCGAGCCCUUGCUGGACGAGAACCGGGAGGAUCCGGUGGACCUGGACUCCAUCCCCGGCCCAGAGGCUCAGGACCCUUCCACCGCGGUUAGGCUCACGGUGGAGAACUACGAGGGCUUCCUGAACCUGGCCCUGGACUUCCAAGGGUUUUGCGUCCAGACCCUGGUGUCCCGCAAAGGGCUCCUAGUGCCGGGGAAUCCGGCGCUGGGCGUGGUGAGGUACGCAGGGAGAUAUUGCGUCUUCGCCACCGAGCGGGCCAUGGCGGAGUUCUGCAGCGAGCCGGACCGCUUCUUCGCCGGGGUGCGGGAGGCAUGCUACAAGCAGCCUGAGCUCAUUCACCUGCUGCGGGUGCACGAGGACUUUCCCAGAAGCUCCCUGCAGGCCAUCCUGGAGAUGAUGGCGGGCCAGCAGUCCGUGAUGCUGGCGGACGUGGCCAGCGAGACGCCGCUCCACUUCCAGGAUAGCUACAUCGACAAGAGCUACGAGUGGAAUGAGUGGAGGCUGCGCCAGGAUGCUCUUCACGUGGCAGACAUCCGGCGCAAGACGACUUCCACCACCCAGACGGCUUUGAGCCACCUGCGAAGAGAGAACGAGACGCAGGUCUAUUUGCCCAAGGAAGCGGCCACCAACACCACCGCCAGCCGUGGCACGAAUCCUCCCAGGCUGAAGAAAUACUUCACCGGUCUCCGAGGGGAGCCGCGGCCCAUGCAGGUGGCCGAGUGCCGAUACGACCUGUGA